UGAACCGGAUCGCUCCCACAGGCACGCUCCUCACUCUGGGUGCACACCGUGUAGUCCUGCAAUGAGAGCCAUUCCCGCAACGCACUGAGAAAACAAAACUGCCCUUGUCGGCUUCCGUACAACCCAGCCUGCUGCUCCUGCGUAAGGCAGGAAGCUAGGACCCAGCGGGUAGACCGGCGGACGGGCGGGAGUCUCGCGGUGUUUGAAUUUGAGCUGCUUGGCGGGUCAGCCGGCCAUGGCGGCGUCGUUCCGGAGACCAGAGAACCGGCUCUUCCGGACUUAUGAGGCUGCUGGCGGGGGGAGACCGCGACAGCGGCGGUCGGGCCGGACAGCCGCGCGGUGGUUCCCGCCGCAGAAGCAGGAGCAUUUGUUUAGCAGCAGCGACGCCAACAGCAGCCCCUCACAGUCUCUUGCUUCCGAUGAUCCUGACGACCCUGACUUCCCCGGCAGCCCGGUCGGCCGACGGCGGAGGCGUCUUGGCGGCAGAGUCUCCAAGGGCCGGCCGACGCUAACUGCGACCCCGAGACGCCUGAGGCUGCGACCUCGGCCGCCGCAGAAGUGCAGCACCCCGUGCGACCCGCUCCGACCGCCGCCUUUCCCCAGCAGCCACCUGGACCACCUCAGCGUGAGCAGCCAACCCAGGGACGGCGACGAGGUGGGCACCAGUGCCUCCCUGUUCAGCUCUCCGGCCUCGAACGACCUCGGGCCGCCCUCGCCAGGGGACAGUAUCAUUUCCAUCAGUUCCUCCGCCUCCCCAGAUGCAGCCUCUACUGUCACGAGCCGUUUCCACGGCCCAGCAACCUCGCGGGGCCAAGCAUCUCUCCCCUACUCCCGGGAAGCAGCAAAAGGAGGCGGGGUCAACAGGACGGUCCACCGAUCUCGUGUCUGCCUCAGGUCAGCUCCCUUAGGCCUUAAGGACUCAGGAAACCCCGAGGGUUCUGAAUUUGGGACAGAUAGGAAAAAUAUGAAGGAGUCGCAUUGUAAAAGACAACUGAGGAGAAACAGGCUGGAAACCUCAGGUCUAAGAAGCACGAGUAAGAAGAGGACCACAGACCAGGGCUCUUUUCAAAAGCUGGGGUCUCAGGGGGCCAUCUGGAAAGACUGUGAGGAGGCCAGUGGUUCCAAGGGCACAGUUGUACCUAAGAAAAUCAACAGGCCUGAGAGAACUGGGCUAAGCCAGAAGAGGAAACAUCAAGAAGCGGAAACUUCUCUCUUCCAUUGCCACCAGUUUAAAAAGGAUCAAAAGAUGGGGAAGGAUUCAUCCUCCUCCCAGGACCUGACUCUUCAGAAGGCCUGCUCUUGGGUUAAAACCAAGGCUUCCUUCAGUUUCCACAAGAAGAAAGUUGUGACUGAUAUGUCAGAGGGGUGCAGCAGCUAUACCACCACCAGUUCUCUCUCUGAGUCCCUCAUCUCAGAAAAUUCAAGCCUUUCUGCCCUGAACAGAACAAAUAGUGCUCUAGACCCUUGGCACUCCUCUUCUAUGUAUUUGCUAAGCCCCUUAAGGAGUCCACAUGUUGCAGACAAAAAGGCAUCUGAUGCUGAAAAGGUUUAUGGGGAAUGCAAUCAGGAAGGUCCUAUCCCCUUUAGUUACUGCCUUUCUUCAGAAAAACUGGAACAUUGUGAGAAGAUUGGGGAAGGGGUGUUUGGUGAAGUGUUUCAAGCAAUUGCUGAUAACAUACCUGUAGCUCUAAAAAUCAUUGCUAUUGAAGGAGCAGGUUUAGUGAAUGGAUCCCAUCAGAAAACCUUUGAGGAAAUCCUACCAGAGAUCAUCAUCUCCAAAGAGUUGAGCCUCUUGUCUGGUGAGGUGUACAACCGUACAGAAGGCUUUAUUGGGCUGAACUCAGUGCAUUGUGUUCAAGGUUCUUACCCUCCCUUGCUGCUCAAAGCCUGGGAUCACUAUAACUCAACCAAAGGGUCUGCAAAUGACCGGCCUGACUUUUUUGAGGAAGACCAGCUCUUCAUUGUAAUGGAAUUUGAGUUUGGUGGGAUUGACUUAGAGCAAAUGAAAACAAAGUUGUCUUCCAUAGCUACUGCAAAGAGCAUUCUGCACCAGAUCACAGCAUCCCUUGCAGUGGCAGAGGCAUCACUGUCCUUUGAGCACCGAGACUUACACUGGGGGAAUGUGCUCCUAAAGAAAACCAACCUCAAGGAGUUCCACUACACCCUCAAUGGGAAGACAAGCACAAUCCCUACCCAUGGGCUGCAAGUCAACAUCAUUGACUACACCCUGUCACGCUUGGAGCGGGAUGGGAUUGUGGUUUUCUGUGACAUUUCUAUGGAUGAAGACCUAUUUGCAGGUGAAGGUGACUAUCAGUUUGAGAUCUACAGGCUUAUGAGAAAAGAGAACAACAACUGCUGGUGUGAAUACCACCCUUAUAAUAAUGUGCUCUGGCUACAUUACCUCACAGACAAGAUCCUGAAUCAUAUGACCUUUAAGAGUAAACAUAACACCCCUGCCUUAAAAGAAAUGAAGAAAAAGAUCCAGCAUUUCUAUAGGACAGUGCUUAACUUCAGUUCUGCCACUGACCUGCUUUGCCAACACAGUCUGUUUCAGUAAGUGAGUAAGUCUUACUGCCCCAAAGUCAGGGCACUGAUCUUGAAGCCUCCAGGAUUGUUUGCAGUCUCCAUCCCUAGAGCUGGGUGGAGGUAGACUUCCCAUUCUUACAUGGUUCCAAUCAGCUUUUCAAACAGUUUUGUUUUCAAAUGGAAAAAAAUGUUUGUUGAAAUGAUUAAACUUGCUGUUAACAAACAUUCUUAAAAAUAAAUUACAUCUGGGCCAGGGAUUUAGCUCAGUGGUUUUGUCGCCUGCUGCGCAAGCGCAAGGACCCGAGUUCGAUCCCCAGUACCAAAUAAAUAAAUAAAUAAAUAAAUAACAUCUA